AUGCUGAACAGCGUGAACUACAUUUCCCAUGAUGCCCCGUUCACAGCUUGAUGUCAACAUUGCCGUUGUCAGUCAGACAAAAGGCGGAUCAGUCAGAGACUGGGAGCAGAAGGAGGCCGGACAGGCUGGAAAAUAUUCACUCCUAAUAAUUCACCUGCAUCAGUCUGGCACUGGAGCUUUACAGACUGUGGUAAAUGGUCUGGCGGGCUGGGACGUUUGCAAUACAUUUAGGUACAGGAUGUCCCACUACACAGACGAGCCUCGCUUCACCAUCGAGCAGAUCGAUCUGCUCCAGAGGCUGCGGCGGACCGGCAUGACCAAGCCCGAGAUCGUCCAUGCGCUGGACACCCUGGAGCGGCUGGACCGCGAGCACGGGGACAAGUUCGGCCGCCGCAUCCCUACUGCCUCUGACUCCGCCUCCAACAACAACGGCUCCACCUCCGCUUCCGCACCUGCCUCCAACAACAGUGCCAGCAAUGCUGCCACGGCGACCGCCUCCACCACCUCCAUCGCCACUCAGACGCAGUACCGCAGCGGCCUCUCGCCGUCACCUAGCAACAGCUAUGCCACGUCCCCUCCCCAGGCCGUGCUGCCCUCGCCCGUCUCUAUCAUCGGUAUCGUGCCGAACGGUCGAGACGCCUUGGCCACGACACCCAAUGGGAAGCUUUCACCUCCUCGUUACCCGAUGAGCGCAGCUGCCGCAGUGAGACCGUACGGGUUUGAGGGACCAGACGAGGAGAUGGACAUUGAUGACAAAGUGGAGGAUCUUAUUAGGCGGGACAGCAGUAUGGUGAAGGAGGAGAUCAAGGCAUUCCUGGCUAAUCGGCGCAUCUCUCAGGCAGUGGUGGCUCAGGUCACAGGUAUCAGUCAGAGUAGAAUCUCUCACUGGCUGCUGCAACAGGGUUCAGAUCUGAGCGAGCAGAAGAAGAGGGCGUUUUAUCGCUGGUAUCAGCUGGAGAAGACCACACCAGGUGCUACUUUAAACAUGCGCCCCGCUCCACUGGCCCUGGAAGAGAUUGAGUGGCGUCAGACUCCACCUCCAAUAAGUACUGCCCCUGGUAGUUUCCGGCUGCGCAGAGGCAGCCGUUUCACCUGGAGGAAGGAGUGUCUUGCUGUCAUGGAGAGCUAUUUCAAUGACAACCAGUAUCCUGAUGAAGCCAAAAGAGAGGAGAUCGCCAAUGCCUGCAAUGCUGUUAUUCAAAAACCAGGGAAAAAGCUGUCUGACUUGGAGAGAGUCACAUCUUUAAAGGUGUACAACUGGUUCGCUAACCGUCGCAAGGAGAUCAAGAGGAGGGCCAAUAUUGGGUCUUUUUUCCAAGAAGCCACAAUCCUGGAGAGCCAUGGGAUAGACGUGCAGAGUCCUGGAGGACAUUCCAACAGCGACGACAUUGACGCCAGUGACUACACUGAGCAGGGGUGUGAAAUGCCCUACUUCGAGAAGAGAACCAUGACUCGGCCGUUUGGUUUCUACAGGCUUGAGCCUACAUCCCCCACACAGGAUGAAGGCACCAAUCAUGCAGACCAUCAGGACCCUAUCUCCCUCGCUGUAGAGAUGGCAGCUGUCAAUCACAGCAUCCUGGCUUUGUCCCGCCCAGGGGCGGUGACCAGCGACAUCAAGACAGAGGCACUGGACGAUGAUUAAAAAGGCCUGCUGGGUGUGGCGGCGUGUGCGAGUGUGUUUGGGGUUGCUGUGUGUGCGUGUGCGCGUGCGUGUGUGAGCAGAAGUGGAUGUGUGCUGCUUCAUUUAUAGGGUGGAGGUCUACUAUCGCAACGACCAAAACAAUGACGCUUUUGUCUCUAGCUGUUAGAAGCGGUCACUCUUUUAACCCUCCAUCCUCCUGUAUGUUAAAAACGGCCAGGCAUGCGUCUGCUCUUCUGCACCGGGCUUGUAUUGGGGAAGAAAAAAACAAAACACACACAAUAAGGUUAAAGCAUUUUCUGUGCUUGGACCCCUUAAAAAAAAGUCCUCCUUUUUUCUGGAAUCUUCCACAGUGUGGGGCCACAGGUCCUUCCUUUAAACCUUGCCCUGCCUCCUAAACCCUCAGGCUCCCGGUCCUGACCCCAAACUUUACCUCAUUCCGCUCCAGGGGUGUGUAAAUCUGUGCUAAUCGUGUGUUUUCCUGUUCCUCAUCGGUGUGCUUCCUGGAAGUAAUGUUGCUGUGCUUCAGGUGUCUCCUUUUUUUUUCUUUUUUUUUUCAGCAUCUCUUUGCUGAAGCGCAGGAAUUUCCUGUGGUUUUGGGACAGGAGAGGCAAGAGUGUGUGCGCUCGUGUGUGUAUGUAUGAAGAGUGACAGUGUUCUGCACUGUUUGUGUGUGUGUGUGUGCAUGUGCACAUACGUGCGUGUGUGUACCGGACUCCUGUAUUGACUGACUGACCGCUCUGUGUAUUUAGCUUAAAUACCUUCAUUCCCUCUUAAUGUUUUUAAAGGCGUACUUCAGCAUUUUUAAUGUAAUCUCUCUCUGCUGCCUCUAUAUGUAGCAUAUGAUCUAUUACCAUAUACAUUCAGCAGCGUUUUAUCACUUCUUUAUAUUCAAGCAGAAUAAAAUGCGAACUCCAAACACACUAGUAAUAGAUGACCGUGCCCAGCAGCUUCUAUUACGUCACACCUAUGUUCAGCCGUACAGUGUAAUCAGCUGAGUACCAGUAUCUCCUCAUAAUGGCACUCCAAGCAAGUCAGUCUCUGUGUCAAGUGCAGGUCUGCCUCAUCCAUUCCUCACCUGUAUCCUAGCAACAACCAGAGACUUUUAAAAGUGGCAUAUACCAAGUUAAAGAUGACCGUUAACUAACCUGCUGAAAAAACAAAUAAAACCAAGUCUUACAGUAAGUUUCAUGAGUGACGAGAAAAACCAAAAGGCUCCAAUUAAAAAUAAUGCAACCAGAUCAGCAGAGCACCAUGUGAUUGCACAUUCCACCACAACAAUUCUGUGGUGAAGAAACACCUUGUUUAAUAAUAAAAUACUCUUAAGUUAUUUUUAGUAUUUUUUUUUCUUCAUUUAAAUAAUGAACAUAGGACUAGAACUGUUGUUAGGGGUGGGCAAUAUGGUAAAAAAAAAAAUCGUGUAUUAUAAAGCCUUUUUUUUUUUUUUUUUUUUUUUAAAUGAUGCACAAUAUUUCUCUCGAUUUUUGACAUGCAGACAAAGUACACCAACAGUGUCAGAUUUUUAAGAAAUACUACAAAAAAAAUAAUGUCCCAGAUCUAUUACUGUCAUUUGUUUUCAGUAUUGUCUGAAUUAGUUUACUUGUUAAAUUAUGAAUGAUUAUUCAUGAAAUUAAAUGAAAUAUGCCGUUCAUCGCUGUUCUUUUAAGCAAUGACAAUAUUUCGGAUAUACACAGAAAAGUAUAUUGUGCAUCACAAUAACAAAACUGAACACGGUACAAUACAGCGUUAUUGUCAUUGCCCAACAUGAGCUGUGGUAUAAUCACAGUGAAUCAAUCAAGUUACAGUUACACACAAUUUAGGAUAAUAUGGGUGCCCAAACUUUUGCACAUUGAACAUACGUGAGUUUAGUGAUGAUUUAAGUUAAAAAUGCUGGAGUAUUCCUUUAAGUUUUUUUUAGUUUAGUUUUUGCUUCUUCUUCUCCUUUUUUUAAAUCAGUUUUAUUUUGUAUUUUUCUCUUUUUAUCAGCAGCUUAUUGUAUGUGUUUGUUUCUUUGUACUGGGAAUCAUGUGGACGAGGAAGAACAGAAUAGAAGCAAAGUGAUACUAAUAAGUCAUGAUUUCAUAAAUGCCAAAGGAUGGAGUUUGUCGUCCUGCACAAAACAGCAAGCGAGUCCCCUGGACUAUAAACUGCGGGUCUCCUGGACUCUUUCGGGUCGCCUGUAAGAAGAGAUCCUGUGUGUAGACGUAAUAGUUAAUGGUGUUUCUCAUUUUUGUAUUUGAUUUCUACGUGUCCAGCUUUACCCAAAGUGAUUUGGAGUAAUCCUAAACUGUGUUGGGUUUUGUUUUGUUUGUAUUUAUUUUCUUUUUCUAUGUUCACGUCCAGAGAUUUGUGAGAAAUAAGCUAAAAUCUCAGUCAUGACGACAUAAACAACACUUGUUCUUGUGCAAUUGCAUCAGUAGAUUUAAAAAUGUGACUUUAGUGUAGGGUGUCAGAGCAUUCCUCUGAGUUGAGACGGAUAAAAGACUGAGACGUUUGAACCCUAAACCCUGAUAAUCCGGCCAGUGCAUCACCGUGUCCGUGGUGCUAACCGAUUUGUGAGAUGACGUAGUGACGUAACACUUUCGCGGUCUGUAAGACGAGCCGAUGCGUUUUCUUUUCCGCUGAACGUCUGCUGUCUAUGAAUAACAUAAGCUUGGUACAGUUUCCGAUAUGUAGCUCUUUUACUCGGGAAAAAACAAAUGGUUCUAAAAGAUGAUGAUUAUGAUCAACCUUCUACUCAGUAUGAUUUCACCUGCCCUUUCUCUCUUUCUCCUAGUGUAAAAUGAUCAUUGAUAUUUAUGAAAUGCAGAAUUAACUAAUCAAGGGUUCUUCUUUCGUUUCUUCUAUCUAUUUUUGGUUUUGCAUAUUUUGUGGUAUUUGUUUUGUUUGUUUAAGAGCAGUCUCUCUGUGUGUCAGAUUCACGUAUGUUUUUGAGAAAACAAAGCACCCCCUUCCAACUCCAAACAGGCGAACUGUUAGAAGGCCACAGCUGAAACAUUGAGUACUUUUCAGCAGUACCUCAGGUAACGGUCGGUUUUGCUCACAGUGGAGAGGAGCUAACAGAGAAGAGAGGGGAAAAAAAUUAACUGAUGUUUUAAAGACCAUAGGUAUGAAGAAUCAGUUUGUGUGUGUUCUGAUAGGCAGUGUUCUGAUUUACUGUAAUCAGGGCUGAGAUGUUGAAUUCUAGUAAAAUCUAGUAAAAAUUCAAAAUGUUACGUUACAAGUAUUACAGAAACUAAUUGUUUGUUUGAAACAAUUUUUGAGCUUUCUUAACAGAUUAAUUAAUCACCCUUACUUCACCCUAUAUGUAAGAUGCAUAAUUGUGAUGAUUUUUGUUUUUGUGGGAAUUUUUUUUUUUUUAUUAUUUAAAUGUAAGCACCUUGAGUCAUUUAUCAUUUUGUCUCGAUAUAUUUUCCUGCUAGUAGAAUACCAGUAACAGUUUAAUCAUGUAAAAUAUUUAACAAGCUCAAUUUAUGAACUGCAAACAUUUGCGGCGCCAAUUCAGCAAAACAGAUUUUUCUUUUUAUAAUCAAACAGUUCACUGUAUUUUUGUAUCUUUAUACAAAAGAUGGAUUGUGCAUUUGUGGAUGUGAGAUGAUCAUAAUUAAUUAGUGUCUGUCCCAUUUAGUUUCAAACCUCUGCCCUGUGGCACGCCCACACGCAGUCUCCUAUUGGCUAAAACAUCUUUAUAUAAGAGUAUAUUCACUCUGUGUACUCGAGUAAAGAUAACACACAGUCUCUGGAGAGAUCCCGUCCAGUUUAGUUAUCUCUUCUUAUUCCAGCUAGAGCUGAUGUGUGCCACUCAGCAUUUUACUGUUGAGAACUGUGGGAUUUACAGUCUGGUAAUGGUGCUUGUCAGUCAGUAGAUCAUUUAUCAUUUAUGUAUCUUCUAAACUAGCCACGCAAACACACAGGUUUAGACCUAUUAACCUGAGAUGUGGGAGAAUCCGUGUUGUAAACUGCUUCUAUGUGAAGCACAGUGGACUUCAGUGGAAGACGACUAAACUGGGCGUCUAAAGUCUCUCAGAAACUGGUGUAGUUCUUACCAGACAGGACUGAUCCUAUAGUUAUAGGCAAGGGGAGGAAUAAAAAAAAAAUGAUUUGAUGCACAUGAGCAGUUCAUUUGUGUGGGAGCUGCUCAAAGCCAAUAUAUAUAUAUAUAUAUAUAUAAUUUUUUUUUUUUUGCAAUGUUUUUCAAUACAUUAAGAUCCAGGCCUCUGUUACAGUCAUCCACCUUUUCUGGCCUCAGGAUUAAAAACUGACUGCAGAGAGAAACAGAGAUCCAGACUGCCACUUUACUCACUCUUUGUUAUCAGGUUAAAUCCCUUUUGAUUAAAAGUUGACCAUGUUGAGUAAAAAAUGUAGCAUACACUCUGAAAUUGCACACGUAGCUGUUAAGCCCAAAAGCGCAGUUUAUGAAAUAGCUUGUUUUACCUUUGUGUGGGUGGAAAUAGACUGACUAGAUCAGUGUGUUUAUCAUAUUUUAAAAUAUAAACACACAUGCAAACCUGUGCCAAAAUAUAAUUUCCAGUUAUGGGGUCUUUCUACACCCCACACUGCAUUAUAAAACGCUGUUUAACACACACUAGUAUUCUGACCCUUCGCCUCUCUCGCUAUCACAGCCUCUGCUGUUCAAGGAGCUUUUGAUGCUUUUAAUCAGGGGGUGCUUUGUGUUCCAGUCUUCAGGGUUUUCAGGUUCAUCUGUCCAUAAACAUCUCCUUUCAUAUAUCAAACAAUCCAAUAAUGAUGUAUAAUAAAUAAUACAAUAACUUAAUAUCUUAAAUUGUCGAAUAAAAUAACUGUAUUGAGUUUAAGUAAGUUUGCUCUCAAUCAUUGUAUGUCCCAUUUAAGAAUUUAGUGCCUUUUUUGGACAGUAGACUGUUCUGUAAUUAAACUGUAGUAUAUAUGAGCGUUUUUGUACAGUUUCUUUGUUUAAAAUGACUUUUUUUAAAACUUGUGUUUAUUUUAGUAUUGUAUCUACUAGAGAAUAAAGGUAUAUUGAUGAAAA